AUGGCUAGCAAACCGGAGACUCCACCAGAAGCUGAAUCAAAUGAAAAACCGUGGCUUGUGAAUCCAAAACAUCCGGGGCCCGCCCCAUUCUUCUAUGCCUAUCUACACGAGGAUCACCACACUAUGGUGUACGAACUGGACGGCGAACCGUAUUUGCACAACGAAGACGACCGUUAUGAAUACUACUUGAGUCGCACGGAUCUUAUGAAGCAAUUGGCGGCGUUUCGCAACUUUCCAGGAAAUAUGGACUUUUUUGAGGCCGAGCUUUCUGCUCCAUAUCCGUUGGCUGCUCCAAGAAUCUACAUCAGUAUGACUAAAAAACCGUACAUCUACAAACAAGAUCUACUCUGUCAAAUGCAAUUAGUGAUAAUGAAUAAGGACAUGAGACCAGCUCCGAUUCCACCUCCACCAGCUCCGAUUCUAUCGCCAGCAGCUCCGAUUCCACUUCUACCAGCUCCGAUUCCACCUCCACCAGCCCCGAUUUCACCUCCACUAGUUCCGAUUUCACCUCCACCAGCACCGAUUCCACCUCCACCAGCUCCGAUUCUAUCGCCAGCAGCUCCGAUUCCACCAUCACCAGCUCUAUAUGACAAUGUUAAGAAUGGCUAUCGCUACGUAUCCGCGUCGGACGUUAAGGAAACCAAACAGAAGAUUGUAGAGCACAUCGAGAAGAAUGGAAUCGUUCCACCAGCCGAAAAAAAGGAACUCCACCAAAUCCGAGCACCGUGGACGUUGAAACAACUGCAAGACGAAAUGGUGAAUCUGGGAUUGGACAAACCACUUCCAGAGUGUCUUCAUAUUGCUGGCAAUAUUCUCGAAACAGAGAAGAAUGGCGGUUUUCCGAAACUUGACUUGAAUUCAGCUGUGGAAGUUGUUCAAUUCUUCUGUAUUGCUAAACGAGCUGGGAUUGCUCAGCACUAUAUUGAGACGGUUGAUGCGUGGUACGAUGGUCCAUUACUCACAAGACCAGUGGAGAAAUAA